AUGGGCUCCCGGCACUUCCCGGCGCGCACGGUGCUGCUGGAGCGGGAGCCGAGCGGCGUGACGUACCGCGUGCCCGCGCUGCUGUACCUGCGCUGCGGCGCGCGGCUCCUGGCCUUCGCCGAGCAGCGCCUGGGCGCCGACGACGCACACGCCGACCUGCUGGUGCUGCGCCGGGGCACCCUCUACGGCAGCUACGUGGAGUGGGAAGACAUGCGCGUGCUGGAGACGGCGACGCUGCGGCACCACCGCUCCAUGAACCCCUGUCCGCUCUACGACGAGUUCACCGGCACCCUCUUCCUCUUCUUCAUCACGGUGCUGGGCAGGACGCCCGAAUCCUACCAGAUCGUCACGGGCCAGAACGUCACCCGGCUCUGCUGCGUCACCAGCGCCGACCAGGGCCUGAGCUGGAGCGAGGCCACAGACCUCACGCAGCAGGUCAUCGGCGGCGCCAUCAAAGACUGGGCGACGUUCGCGCUGGGCCCCGGACACGGGAUCCAGCUGCGCUCGGGCCGGCUGCUGGUGCCCGCCUACAGCUACCACAUCGACUGCAAGCAGUGCUUCGGGCAGCUCUGCAAGACCACCCCGCACUCCUUCGCCUUCUACAGCGACGACCACGGCCGGGGCUGGCGCUUCGGCGAGUUCAUCCCCAACCUGCAGACGGGCGAGUGCCAGCUGGUGUCGGUGGACGAGGAGGACGGCACCAACGUCCUCUACUGCAACGCCCGCAGCCCCUUGGGCUUCAGGGUGCAGGCGCUCAGCACGGACGACGGGGCAGUGUUCCACGGCGGGGAGCUGGUGCAGCGCCUGGUCGAGCCACCCCACGGCUGUCACGGCAGCGUCGUCGGCUUCCCCGCGCCCCUGGUCUACGGCCCCGCUGCCCCCCGGCACCCAGCGGGGUCCCUGCGGGGCUCAGCGUGGCGGCUGCUCCCCGGGAUGGUGCCUGCCCGGGGGGCUGGGGGGGCCACUCCUGGCCCCGCUCCCUUCUUCCAAGCGCCCACGUGGGUCCUGUACUCGCACCCCACCAGCUCCAUGUCGCGGGUCAACAUGGGGGUUCACCUGAGCACCUUCCCCAGGGACGCCGAGAGCUGGACCGAGCCGUGGGUCAUCUAUGAGGGCCCGAGCGCGUACUCGGACCUGGCGUGCGUGGAGCUGCCCUACGGGGAGGCUUCUCCCUCCGGGGCCACGGCCGUCGCCUUCGCCUGCCUCUACGAGAACGGGACGCGCUCGCCCUACGAGCAGAUCUCCUUCAGCAUGUUCACGCUGCACGACGUGCUGCGCAACAUCCCCCUGGCAGCCCCCCGGGCACGCAGCACCCCUGGCCCUGGCAAGCUGGGCACGAGGAGCUGCCACAUCUCCUAGUGCCACCCCCAGGCACGGGUGCAGCCCCCCUGGCCCUGGCAAGCUGGGCAGAGGGAGCUGCCUCACCUUCUAGUGCCACCCCCCAGACCCCGGGGCACCAACCCCAAGCCCAGUGCCCAGGGACGCUCACAGCCUGGCACAGGGGCACACACCACCCACCCCAAACUGGGGUUUAGUCUCUUCUUUAUUGC